AUGUCUGAAACCAAACAAUCUGUUAAUACUACAAGCACUCAGGAUAAACCUAAAGCAUGUUGUGUUUGUAAGCCAGAGAAGGAAGAAAGAGAUAACUGUCUUUUAUUCAAUGGUCAAGAAUCUACAAGUUGUAAAGAAUUUAUCGAUAAAUACAAGAGCUGUAUGAAAGGUUUCGGUUUUGAAACCCAUUAG